AUGGCAGCGACCAGCCCGCCUUCGAUGAUGGCCACUCCUGAGCCCGAUGAGCGUCGCCUCAUGAGCGCUCUGCUUCAACGCAUGCAAAAGGACUUGGUCUUUGAACUUCGUGUCAUCACGCACCAGCAGCCAGUUAAGGGUGAGCAGAAACAGCGAGCCCGACGCCGCAUCGAGCGCUUCCUCUUGCGCCAGCUGGGCGAGGAACCAGUGUCCGAAUCGAGCUAUAGCUCAUCAUCUACCGCCACUUCCGGGCAGGUCCCGACAGGGGAUCCCUCGUCAGACACAUCAGGUCACGACUGGAUCGUCACCCCACUGCACGAUGACGACGGCGACGGCGAGGAAGCCAGCAUGAUGGCCGAUGAAGAGUUGCUGUCGGAGGAGGAGGUGGAUGAGGAAGACACAACAGGCCUGUACGAGCCACGCCGCGAAGUGGCCACAGACACGGCCAUCGCAGCUGCUCAGCUCAACCAAGAGAACCCGAUCCAUCAUUUGGUUGGCUAUGAUGGGAGUGGAGCGAGUACCACGGAUCCCGAGCCAGCAGCAGCCGAGAAUGUUGAGGAUGCAGGCGCCAUCGAAAGUGGCGCUGCCUCUGCCGAAGACGACGUCCUAAUUGCUGCUCCCACCCCUCGCGAGGAGCGGGCGCAGCGCUUGGCUGAGCUGGAUCUUCUGCGACAGCGUGGUGGACUGGUUCGCGCCCUCCUGCAGCGGCCCAACUUUGUCAGCGCCAUCUCUAACAGCCUGGCUCAACCAGCAGGCUCUACGCGCGUCCCUGGUCCCCGGCCCCAGGCCAACCAUCGUGCAGCCGAUGCGGAGGUGUCGGUCGAGCCCGAACAGCGCCCCGACGCCUCUCCGCUGCCGCUGCGUCGCAUCGUCUUGAGUCAAUCAGACGCAUGGGACAGUGAUGCCAGCGACGCUGAGGCGGAGCCUGAGGCCUUUACCCAGCCAGCCUCGCAGGCCGCUGCCAACCCUCAGCCCAUGAGUAACCAGCCGCGCGCUCAGUCGCCACCCGAGGGUGAGCCUUCCGUACGCGCGCCCAUGCCCCCACGCAUCAUGCGCUUGAAUGCCCCAUUGUUCAACGCCAAUGUCCGCCCGCAGCGCGAAACCGUUGAGGGUGGCGGUAACAUGAGCUCAGAGGAGCUACAACGGGCCCUGUAUCGGCGACGCCAGCAGCGGCACCGCGACCGAGCGGCCCAAGCUGCGCAGGCCCCAUCUCCCGCACAAACACCACAGCGACCGGCCCAGGACCAGACACAGGCACCCUUGCAUGCCGCCUCGCCGGCCGCAGGCAUUCCAGACCACGUGCAUGCUCAUGCACCUCAAGGACAUGUGCAUGCGCAUCCCCACGCGCAUCCCCAUGCACCCACCCAUGUACAGACAGAAGGGGCAACCCCAGUGCCUCCGCCGGUCUCAUCGUCUUCGGCCUCCAUGGCAGCCACCAUCGCCGAUUUGCAGGCUCAGGUGGCCGCCUUGACUGACUUGAUGCAGGCUAGCUUGCGUUUGCAAGCCGAUGUGCGCCGUUGCGUGCGGCAAGAGGUUUCAUCGGCUCUAGCCCGCGUGGGGGACCCAACGAGUUUGCAGUUUGAGCGACCGGCGGUCCGGGGUGCGGCGCACGGCAGCAACUGCGUGGUGUGCAUGGAAGAAAGUGCUGACACCAUCAUGUACCGCUGUGGCCAUCUGUGCGCAUGCCUCAGCUGCGCCACUGCUCUCAUGCCUGCUUCCCAAGUGCUUACAUGCCCUAACCUUGCUGCUCUGUACCACCAGGAGCGCGAGCUGUCGUGUCCAGUCUGUCGCAGUCCCAUCUUGGACAUUAUGCAGGUGUAUCUCCCCUGA